UGCUGAAAACACAGAGCCGAGGCGGAAGCUGCUUCUGACUGGUGUGGCGCUCCCAGUCUGACAUCAAUCACAUCACUGGCUCUCCCCGGCAGCUGGGACAGAGAGAGAGGUGGAGUGUGGACAGGCAGGGCUGCUCAGCUGUCCAUAGAGUCUGACUGUGACUAUGUUCAGGCUGCUGUCACGUUCAUCAGACCAUCAUGAUACACACCCAGAUUACACUUAGCCUCUCAUCUGGCUCAGGGACCACUUGUCAUUAUGGAUCACAGACAGAUAUACCCUAACAAAUGUAUUUGAAUUGGCCUUACCUCUCCUAAAGGUAGAAAUGUAAUGUCCCCCUUUUAUUAUACAUGAUUGUAUCAUUUAAGAGUGAUGGACUGUUCCCUGGUCAUUUAAAGUUAAUUGGCACUCAUUUGAACUAAAUAAUGUGUAUUUGUUUGUCAUGCAGUAACCCAGUUAACUAAUCCAUGGUCGGCUUGUUUACCAAAAGGAGGGGCCAAAUUUCACACACAGAAAAGCUGGGUGUACUUCCCACAGUGUCUCUAUGGUAAUAGGCAGGUGUCAUUUGCUGUGGAGAAGAAGUGAGGGCUUUCUUACGAGCGUGAGAAAGAGGGGCAGACUCCGCACCCCCUCCCCGUGUCCCCCCUUUUUUCCUGUAGCAGCAGCCGCAGCAGCAGAGCGAGAGGGGGAGAUGGRGAGAGAGGGCUGCAGUGGACGCUGAGGCGGCCCUUCCCUGCGACCUGUUGAGGCUGCUGCCAAAGCCCCGGCAGUGCAGUCCCAUCCAGCUGCAUGGGAGAAAGAGAUGGGCCAACAAAAGAAGAGAGGGACAGCAGGAAGAAAAAAAGAGGGGGAAGAAAAGAAAGAAUGAAGGAGCCCAAACUCCUGGGCGGUUUAGCCUGGCAUGAGAGUACAUUAAGACCUGGAGGCCUAGGUAUUUUCUACUCAAGACUGAUGGUACAUUCAUAGGCUACAAGGAACGACCACAACAUGUUGAGGCACUUGAAACCCCUUUAAAUAACUUCUCAGUAGCACAGUGCCAGCUGAUGAAGACUGAGAGGCCCAAGCCCAACACAUUCAUCAUCCGCUGCCUGCAGUGGACCACUGUCAUCGAGCGCACCUUCCACGUGGAGACCCCCGAGGAGAGGGAAGAAUGGACGAAGGCCAUUGAAGCCGUAGCAGACAGUCUACAGAAAGAGGAGGAGGAGAUGAUGGAUUCCUCCCCAGACCCAAUGGACAUGGAGAUGUACCUGACCAAACCCAGACUCAAAGUGACUAUGCACGACUUUGAAUACCUCAAACUACUAGGAAAAGGCACUUUUGGCAAAGUGAUCCUGGUGAAGGAGAAGGCCACAGGACGCUACUAUGCCAUGAAAAUCCUGAAGAAGGAAGUAAUCGUAGCGAAAGAUGAAGUGGCACACACACUCACAGAAAACCGAGUGCUCCAGAAUUCCAAGCAUCCGUUCUUGACGGGCCUGAAAUACUCCUUCCAGACUCAUGACCGGUUGUGUUUCGUCAUGGAGUAUGCGAACGGCGGAGAGCUGUUCUUCCACCUGUCCCGGGACCGGGUGUUCUCGGAGGAGCGGGCUCGGUUCUACGGAGCAGAGAUAGUGUCAGCGCUGGACUACCUGCAUGCUGAGAGGAACGUGGUCUACAGAGACCUGAAGCUGGAAAAUCUCAUGCUGGACAAAGACGGACACAUACAGAUCACUGACUUUGGACUGUGUAAGGAGGGGAUCACAGACGGGGCCACCAUGAAGACCUUCUGUGGGACGCCAGAGUACCUGGCCCCAGAGGUUCUGGAGGACAAUGACUAUGGCCGGGCGGUGGACUGGUGGGGUCUGGGCGUGGUCAUGUACGAGAUGAUGUGCGGUCGGCUGCCCUUCUACAACCAGGACCACGAGAAGCUGUUUGAGCUCAUCCUCAUGGAGGACAUCCGUUUCCCACGCACCCUGGGCCCCGAGGGCAGGUCCCUGCUCUCAGGCCUGCUCAAGAAAGACCCCAAGCAGCGGUUAGGUGGUGGACAGAAUGAUGCUAAAGAGAUCAUGCAGCACAAAUUCUUUGCUGGGAUUGAAUGGCAAGAUGUUUAUGAGAAGAAGCUGGUCCCGCCCUUUAAGCCGCAGGUUACCUCAGAAACAGACACGCGGUAUUUUGACGAGGAGUUCACAGCACAGACCAUCACUAUUACACCGCCCGGACAAGAAGACAGCAUGGAGUCGUUUGACAGCGAACGGAGGCCCCACUUCCCACAGUUCUCCUACUCUGCGAGUGGGACAGCCUAAACACCCCCUCAUUCCUCUGGUCCCAACAUUUCCCCUCAUCCUACCAGACUGCACAUCCAACUACAUUCGCCCCAUCCUUUUUUUACUUCCAGUGUCGCAUAUAGUAUUGUUGAACAGACAUUUGCUAUCUGCAAGUUCGGUAAUUAUAGGGGAACAUGCUUCAUACUACACAAAUGAAAAACUGGUUGUUUCUGUGGCUUCUUAAGACUUUUCUAAUGGUGAGAGAUAACACUACAGUGUUGCUUGUCUUGAUGAGUUGAGUCAGACAAGCUUGAUGUUCAUAAAACCAUACUUUAUAGGAAAAGGGUGGCAAUGCAGCAAAUCAUUUUAGAAUGGUCAGGCUACACUUUCCUAAACUUCUAUUUGCCUUGCUUCUGUCAGCACCUGUUAUAUUUGUCACACAUUAUUCACAAAGUGAACAUUUUAUGGGACCAUAAGGAUUGUAUCGGAAUUAGCCAUGUAAAAUGUAAAUGUAUUUUUGAUGUUCUUUGUUUAAGGCAAAGACAUAUUGUGGACCAACAACAACAUAUGACCAAUGACUUAAUGUUCCAUGUAGUGGGAGGUUUAAUCAUAUUUAGAUAUUGUUAUCAGGACUUUCACAUUACACUAUUUGACCAACACUUUGAAACCUGUUGUUCAGCCAUUUGAAUGUACCUAAUCAAUAAAAUGUAUAAUUCUGCAUACCUAACUGUUGUAGAACAUGGUUGAUUCUCAUAGGACUUCCAUCCCUCAAAAGAACAUUCUUAUCCGUAUGUUAGAGCCCCAAAACAUUCUAGAACAAAGUGAGAAUGACAUGGUCUAUGGACCUCUGUCAGAGUGCUCCGCUCCAUUAUCAGUCUAAUGACAAAUUGUGCAAUACAAUGGCAGACACUUAAAGAACUGAUUCUGGGAGCAGGCAUACAAUGUAAAUGUGUUCAAGCUUGCCGUCAAUGAAUCUCAGAACUGUGUCUACACGGUCAAUUGGAUAUCCUUUUGCUGUUGUCCCAUUUGAAAAGACAGUUACUCUAAUCUCUCUGGACUAUGUGCUUGGAUCAUGAUGCCUUCCUGUCUGAAUGCUGUGUUUCAAACACUCUCGGCUGUUUCUUUCUGAACUGGCCAGUCAGGUACUGAUCCUUUCUGCCCAAUCAGGGAGUCUUCUGUCUCCUCUGGGUUUUUUCCUCUUCCACAGUAUUGGGUGUUUUCACUACAGCCUCAAUGAGGUCACUGUAACAACAUACAGUCCUUUAGGACUUACUCCAUAAACAAGCUGGGCUGUGGUUCAGGGGAAAACAAGUUGAGUCCGCUUUGAUCUCUAUAGGUAGGGAUCAGGGUACAUGGUUCUGAGUUAUUUAUAGAAAACGAGUUUGACUGUGCCAAUGACAUGCAAUUUUCUACCCCAAAACAUGUAUUUGUUACACUUUAUAGUCAGAAAUGACUGAAUUAAUGUCAAUUCUGAAAGGUGUGAACUAUUAAAGGCUUGUUUGUGUAAUUAACCCCCCUAUACAGAUUGCUGUAAAUAAACUGAGAAUCUUGGAAAUGCUUUUUGGGGAAACUGCACGGAGUGUUUCCAGAGGACUGAUAACUAUGAAGUUAAUGUUAUUGAAUGUAAAGGCUUUUUUUUUUUUACCUCAAUUCCUUUUUUUUCAAACAAACAAUUGCUAGAUUGGAUUGUUCCUGUGCAYUCACCCUUUGCUGUCACCCUCUGAAAAUGCCUUAUACCUUUAUUUUUACUUUUUUUUGUACCUGCCCUUUCCCAUUCCUGAAACUGAGGACACCAGCUUUAGUAAACAAAUAAUAUAACCUUUGUACACUUUUUACAGUUUUGUUUCUUUCAAAUUUAUAUUAAAAUGUCUUAACUAAA